AUGGCAAGCAAUAGGUGGAUCCAGGAGCCUCCAUUGUUGAUUUCUGAUGUACCCCCUCGCUGCUCAACAUGCGAGACCUACAUCAACCCAUUCGUCACCUUCACCGAUCAGCGGCACUGGAAAUGCAACAGUUGUUUCUCCCUCAAUGACGUUCCUGGGAAUUUCCUCCAUGACUCCCUGACUGGCAGUUACUCUAAUCUGUACAAUCGGCCUGAACUACAGCAUGCAGCCAUGGAGUUCCUGGUGCCAAUGGAAUAUCAGGCUGGGCGUCCUCGGCCUGUAACAUACCUGUUUGUGUUUGAUGUUAGUGACUGUGCCUUGGAAACUGGUUACCUGGGAAUUGUCUGUAAAACCCUGCUGGAGAACAUAGACAGGUUACCAGGUGAUUCACAAACCCAGAUUGGGUUCAUUACAUUUGCCAGCACAGUAAAUUUCUUCCAAUUGCACAACAGUCUGUUUCGACCCCGCAUGAUGGUUAUGGCUGAUACUGAUGAUAUCUUUGUUCCAAGCGAAAAUGAGAUAUUGGUGAAUCUCCAACAAAGUAGACAGCUCAUCAUUUCCCUACUUGAAGAAUUGCCAGGUAUGUUCAGAGACACUCAGAAGAAAGCAUGUGCCUUUGGACCAGCUCUACAGGUCGCUCAGAAAGUCUUGACUUAUUCUGGUGGCCGUGUGUCUGCUUUUCUGACUCAGUUACCCAACACCGGCUGUGGAUCCUUGCAAUCACGGGAAGAUCCCGGUGACUGUACUCUGGGAGUGAAGCACUUGGGGCCAGCUAUCAAUUUCUACAAGGUGCUUGCCCUUGAGUUCUGUGGACAGCAGACUGGGGUGGACCUAUUCUUGUUGAGCCAGCAGUAUACGGACCUUGCAUCCAUAGCUUGUAUUUCCAGGUACACAAGUGGCUAUACAUAUUAUUAUCCAGCAUUCCAUCAUAUCCACAGUUCUGCCAUGGUAGAAAAACUUCGCAAAGAAUUCCAGUUUUACCUGACCCGCUCCUUUGGGUAUGAGGGGACGCUGAGGAUUCGGUGUACACAAGGUCUCGUUGUGGACACUUUCUAUGGAAACUCUUUCCUGCAAUCAAUGCAGAUGUUGUACCUGCCCUGCGUCUAUCCUCAGGCAGAGUUUGCCUUUCAAAUGACAAUAGAUGGUGCUACAGCUGAGAGUUCGCAUGUGAUCUUCCAGUCCUCUCUACUCUACACUUCCUGUCAAGGCGAAAGGCGUGUUCGAAUCUACACCUACUGCCUCCCGGUGGUUAGCUCCCCCACAGAGGUUUAUGCAGGAGCCAAUGUAGGCAUUAUUGUGGGCUUUCUUUCCAAGAUGGCAGUGGAUCGUUCAGUGAGGCUGUCCCUCUCUCACACCAGGGACGAGUUGAUCAAAGUUCUCACUGACAUUCUUGUUGCCUAUCGCACCUCACUGUGCAGUCCGCAGCAGAACAUGCUCACCAUCCCCCACACCCUGCUGCAGCUUCCGCUGUACGUCCUGGCCCUACUAAAGCAGCCUGCAUUCCACAGGAGUUUUGCUAUGAGCCUGGAUGAGCGGGUUUUCAGGAUGUCUCAGCUAAUGGAACAGCCGUUGAGUUUCGUGUUGCGAAUGGUUUACCCAGAUCUGUAUCGGAUUGAUGAUUACCUCAACAGGCAGACUGCUGACAAUGUUUCUGUGGAAGUAGACACCGAGACAAUAAAGAGGCCAGCCCUGAUGCCACUCUCUGCAGAGAGUCUUACACUGGAAGGGGCCUUCCUAAUUGACUGCGGUCAUGUUCUGUACAUCUGGGUCGCCAGACACUGCAACACUGGUUUCCUUGGCGAUGUACUGGGUGUGACCAGUUAUACCUCACUGCCUGGCACUCUGACCUUGCUGCCCAUUUUGGAAAAUCCAACUUCUAAACUCAUCCACAUGUUGCUGGAAUCCUUAAGGAAGGAGAGACUUUACCAUGCACCUUGCUUCAUCAUCAAGGAUGACAGUUCGUCACGGUCCAUAUUCAUCAAGUAUCUGAUCAAUAACCGCACAGAAUCAGCAAUGUCCUACUAUGAAUUUCUGCUUCACCUGAAGGAGCAGGUCUAA